GUUUAACUCGCCGUUGCCGAAAACGCUUUGUAGAUAGGCCGAUGUCGACUCGAGGAGCUGAGAACCGGCGACUGUUUUAGCGGAGGAAGAGGGUAUCAGGAAAAAAGAAAAAGAACAAUGGGCAUCCCGCCGUUGGAAUCGCUUCCGCCGACAAAGACUCUAGAGCUCGAGAACGGCCUUUCGCUGCUGCCACGGGUGAAGCUCGAGCUGACGGUCCAUCCGACGCCGUCUUCCGUCGCGAAGCAGAUCGACGAGUGGAAGCUGAAGCGCGCUCUGAUGGAGUUUCUGAAGAAUUCGCUCUCCGUAUCAAUCGAAGUCCCCGAAGAGGAUCUGGAGUUCCGGCGGUUCAAGGACCUGAAGAAGCGGAAGCGCGAGGAUCCCGUGGCGCACGGCACUCUAUCGAUUCGCGACUUAGGGUUCCUGACCAGAAAGAAGAGAGGCGAUGAGGGUAAAGACGAAGAUGUUAAGGAAGUGGAGAAGAAGUUUGUGGAGUGGAGAAAGUACAUUGUUGAGAAAUUGGAUGGAAUCGAGCUGAACCUGGAAGGUGAUCAGUAUAAGCUGAGUGUUGAUGUGCCCGCGUCGGAUGAUUUUCAAGGGAUGAAGAAGAGUUGGGAGGAGGCCUCCGCUUUUGGAAGUCGAGGGUUCUCAAGAGGAGGAAGGCAAGAACCAGAUACAAUUGUAGUACGAGGGGUACCAUCUAGAUGGUUUGCAGAGCCUAGAGUUUCUUCGAAGCCUUCGAUGCUCGUUACCCAUACCAUUUUCUCGGCGUUUGGGAAGAUCAGGAAUCUUAGUGUGGUUGAAGAUAAUCAAGAUAAGGUUGAUGAUGGAAUUGGUGGAGGAGACAUUAUUUCAGGUCUUCACUGCAAGAUUGUGGUUCAGUUUGAGAAAUACACAGAUUUCUGCAAUUCUCUUAGAGUCUUGUGUGGCCGCUCUUUGCAAAAGCAAGGAUCCAGAUUAAAGGCCGAUUAUGAGGUUACCUGGUCCAAAGAUGGCUUCUUCCAGAAUGCAAGAAAUCAAGCGGUAGAAAAGAGCAGCCGAACGCCGGCGACCUUCGGCGGACAUCCCAGAAACAAUUUCCCCAGCAGGGUUGAACCUUACAUUUCGAGGUUCAACUCCGAAGAUACACGGCGCAAGAGAUUUAAGGAAUAAGGAUCAGGAGAGAGAGGAAGGAUAGUGGAGUCUUGUUCACCAGGUUUUCCUUCUGGUAUGAGAAUCUAUAGAAUUUUCUGCUGACUUUGUUGUACAAUGUAUAAUGGGCUUCUAGAACGUUGAAAAUUUUCUGAAACCCCUUCCUUCUCUGCUGUAUUCUAGUGUUUCACCAGAGUAGUAAUUAUGAGAUAACUUGUCAUUUCCAACUCCCCGAGACUUUCUGGGCAAAAAGGUUUUUGAUUCCGUCGGGUGAGGCCGUCAUCAGUUACGCGCUUUGCGUUCCCCUGGUCCCGAGGAUUAUUGGAAUUAGUAUUGGGACGCAAAAAACGGGGGAAAAGGUAUUAAAAAAAAUUCCGUUGC